AUGCAGCAUUUAGGCUCAAGGGUGAGAAAGGAGGAUGGAGGACACGUGACAAUGUGUUUGACGCUGUCAAACAAGGUGUUGCAGCCGCAGAGUGCUUUCAAAGUUAUAAAGUGGGUGUGGAGGGAGAAGAUGGACCAAAUGAUUUUUGGUUUUGGAAUCAUUACCCUGGAAAGGAAACUGCUGUGGUUUUUGCAAGUAAAGUUAGCACUGCUGCUUGGAGGUCCAAGGGAAGAUAUUAUUGCCAUUCUUCGACACUCAAAAUCUGUACAUCAAGAUAGUUUGAGAAAGGUAGUGAUCCUGCAGAGCAAAGAUGAUACAAAGGCAGCAUUAACUAAGAGACAUGACAGUUCUAGCGAUGUUUCUAGUGAUGAUGAUGAUGAUGAUGUUGAAAUGGUUGAAGUUACCAAACCUCCCAAUAAAAAGGUUCCAUUAUCCUCAGCAAAAGUUGUGAAUGUGAAAAGAGAAGUCACCACCUCGCCCAGAGACCAAGCAAGUAAGAAGUAAGGUGAUCGGG